AUGUUAGUAGACUUAAAUGUACCGUGGCCUCAAAAGUCCUACGAGGUCAAGCCGACAGCGCUUGAAAUCGAUCAGUUAAAAAAGACCUUAAUAACUCUGCAUACACUGGGAUAUACUCAUGUUGUACUUAACUUCACAGUGCCACAUAAUACCAAAUUUCCUAAAGAUAAUGGGCAACUAAACCCGAUUAAAGUUAGUCUAUUACAAGAUGUGAUUUCAUUGACCAGGAUCAAGAUAUACACAAGAAUUACAGUGGUGGUUGACGAUCCAUCUAAAGGUCAAUCUUUAACGAAGGUCUCAUCACAAUUUGACAUUGUAGCUGCAAUGCCUAUCAGUGAGAAGGGCCUCACACUAGCAACCACCAACCUCGAUAUCGAUUUACUCACCUUUGAAUAUGGUAACAGACUGCCUGCAUUUUUGAAGCACAAGAACAUAUGUAGCUGCGUAAACGGUGGGGUGAAGUUGGAAAUUGUUUAUGCAAAUGCUCUCAGAGACAUGCAGACCAAAAGACAAUUCAUCAUAAAUGCUAAGAAUGUGAUCCGGGCAUCUAGAUCUCGAGGGAUUGUCGUUAGCAGCGGCGCAGAAUCUCCCUUGGAAUGCAGGAACGUACUCGGCGUGUCCAGCGUUAUCAAGUUCAUGGGAUUAAGGAGUGACAGAUGCAGUAAAGCGAUGACUGAACUUGCCAGUCUUGUUUUACUAAACGGCAGACUCAGAAACAAGAGUCAUAAACAAACUGUCGUGGUGGGGGGUGCAGGUAACACUGACAUCGUCAACGAUGUUCUAGGGAUAGACAGCAAAAGUCUUAUUAAGGUCGUAAAACGCCGUCGCAGUCAAGAGGGAGACCCUUUCAACAGCGAUCACACCGACCAUACCGAGGACCACUCUUGCAUGAAAGCAACCAAGAAGACUAGACACAUGACAUAG